UGCCCCGAGCUUGCUACAAAGGAGGUGGUGCAAUAGUAUGCCCGUGCAUAUGUGUGGUAUGUUAUUAGUCGGACUCUCUUUGCGAACAGCGGUGGUAGAAAUGCUCCCUACAUGUGGCUAAAGGCUUUGACUAGUUGGGAUAGCAAAAUCAGUUGGGGUACGGCGGCUCUUGCUUAUUUGUACCGGCAGCUGGACGAGGCGUGUCGUAGGUCAGACCCUCAGGCUUGUAUUGGUGGUCCGUUGCUUCUAUUGUCGGUGUGGAUGUGGUCGCGUCUUUCUGUUGGACGGCCCGAUGUUCUUCCGCAUGAUGAUUGGGAUGAGUACGGCAUGCGGCAGUGUCGUCCUACAUGGGCGUUCUUCUAUGAUAAGGUUGAACCAUACGUAGGGAAAACAAAAACCAUGUACAAGUACUACAGCAACGAGUUCGACUCGCUGACACCGGGCAUGGUAAAUUUCCACACCCUUCGUAUUACAUUCCCACAUCUCUGGCGGAUGCAGUGCCCUUUAAUCUGUCUCUAUGCUGUCGAGUAUCACCUUCCACAACGGGUGAUGACCAAAUUUGGUUUAUUCCAGGAGACCCCGCCGGAGUGGAAGGACACCAGCAUAGAUCUCCAUAGGCUCGACAGAAUGCAACAAAAGACUAUCACGAAUUGGGCGGAUCAUCAUAGCAAGUACAUCAUAGAGUGGUGGGAAGUGCUUCGCAAGGCCGAGAAAACUCGAGAUGAUACUACGUACUCGGAGGAAAAUACUCGUUGGGAGGUUAAUGCACCGGCAUUCACACAACAAGAGACACUGGAGCUACCCAAUCCUGAUUUUGGUGACAUUGCCAACCUCCAGUACAAUAGGCUUAUCAGGGAUGGUCGGCCAGUUGAGCUAGCCCCAGUGCUCCGCUUUGUGGCAUUUGAUCACAGAUCAAAACUACAGGGUUUCUACCAAACUGCCUAUGUUUGA